AUGUCUGUCAGACACGGACAGCGAGUCACUGUCGCCCCUCAUCCGCAGCAGCAACCUGAGCGCUCCAAGACGCAGACCCGAAACCAGAAAGGGGACGAGUUGGUGGGGAACACCACAACGACGACGGCGACGCGAUAUCAAUUCCUGGAGAUCUUGACAUUAAUUUCCAUCUUGAUAUUGGCGAUUCUAUUGGCCCUAUUCUUGAUUUACACGCUGAAUCCCGACAAGGAGCCUUUGCCAUGGCGAGCGUAUUGCUCGAUCCCUUCACUGGCGGCCCCUCGCGACCACCCAUACCCUCUUCGCAUUUACCCUGAGAUAGAGCCCGGGGAGCUUAUUCCUCCCUUUCCCCCUGCCAACCUCGAGAACCUGCCCCCCGCGGGAAUCCUGAUAGGCGUGUUCUCCGUGGACUCUGCGUUUGAACGUCGCAUGUUGAUAAGAACGACGUGGGCUGCCCAUGCUCGAAGCCGAAAUGGCGCAGUAGGAGGUGAUGGCGGACGAGGAACGUCCAGAACAGUGGUCCGAUUUAUCCUCGGUCAGCCGAGGCAAAGUUGGGAGAGAAGGAUAAAGCUCGAGAUGGACACCUAUAAUGAUGUCGUCAUCCUCCCAAUUCCAGAGAACAUGAAUAAUGGCAAAACCCAUACCUUCUUCUCAUGGGCGUCACUCAACGCUUGGGUUCCACCAGUUUACAACGUAUCUGAACCCCCACUUCCCCGGUUUUCCUACUCCAAUUAUACUGCCUCUCCACCUCCCCUUGCUCCUCACGAUCCGAUAUCAGCUUGGCACAAUAUUCGAUCCCACCGACCCAAGCCCUGGAUUCGACCGGACUAUGUCGUCAAAGCAGAUGACGACGCGUUUAUUAUGUUGGCCGAACUAGAAGCACGACUGCGAGUCGAACUUCAUAAUAAACCAAAGUUCAGCAACAGCACCAACAGAAUCCCGAGGCGAAUCCCAACGGCAACAUUGUUGACAGAAGCCUCGCCGAUAGACGUAUCCCCAGACAGGGUUCCACUUAUAUCAGCCCCCUUUCCUGAAACCAUGACUGAUAAUGACCCUCUCAUAUACUGGGGCUAUCUGGUCACGAAUCGAUUGCAUCAGUUUAUGGCAGGAGAACUGUAUGCACUGAGCUGGAGCCUGGUCGAUUGGGUAGCCAAGGAUGCCGCUGUAAAAGGCAUGACGAAGGGCGCAGAGGACAAGCAAACGGCGAAAUGGAUGCGUUUACAUCCACGAGCAGACAGGGUUCGAUGGACGAGUGAGCGGUGUUGGAUAUACGACCAUCCUCGAUCUGGCACAGUCUACGGACAUGGGUUUCUGUUCCCAUCUGAAGUCACGCGCAUCAAAAAGGAGAUCACUUCAUAUGUGAAAGACCUGAUGCGAGAUAGGGGCCAUCGCGAGUUCGCUGCUAAUGGGGCGCGUUUUGGAACUGGAAACGAACAUCGGUACUACCGACCAAGAGGCUCAUGGCGCUCAACGACGGCACCAGAGUCUCUAACUCGAUCCACUGUGUCGACUUUUGGCGUGAGGUACACGCCGCCGUUGCGAGAGUUGUCGGAGAGAGAGAGUAUCGAGGCUUUGGUGGAAGGCAGCGAAAUGUCGCUCUUGGAAAGAGGUGGACCAAUUACACCAGAACAGGCAUGGCUGCAUCGGGAGGGCAGGAGAACACAAUAUGAAAAUCAACGCGUUGGCGGGACAGUAGCUGUCCACUUCAUCAAGAAAAACGCCUGGUAUCUGGAGGCCGCGAUUGCGCUCCUAGAGGGAGAAGAAGAAUCCGAGGCAGAGCAAUAUAACUUGCCGACGUUUGACGGGUUCCACCUCAGCCGCUCCAACAUAAAUCGUUGGGCACCAUGGACGCAAGAUAGCGCCUUCCGACGGACAUGA